CACCCCAUGGGUGGAGUCUCGCUUUUUCUUUCCAGUGUUGGCUGACUUACAGCUCCUAUAAACUAGUGGCAAUUUCUGCACCCCAGCCUGCUCCCUUUCAGUUUCUGAUUUCUAAGCCCAUGUGGCAGGGGCCGCCAGAAAAGGAGGUAUGUGCUGUUCGUGCUGUUUCCAGGCGACUUCACCUCUGGGCGUGGCGGAUGUCUGUGUCUCUCUCUCUGUCACUGUUCUCCUCUCCUCGGCUGGACCUCACUAAAACCUCUGGAAGGGAGCUGGUGAUGUUGCUGGAGUGGUGGUCGGGCACGGAGUGCGUCAUCCACACAGACCCCCAGGCCUACCCCAAGUAUGGAAAGGAAAAUGCCAUCGUGGUUCUGAACCACAAGUUUGAGAUUGACUUUCUCUGUGGUUGGAGCCUGGCCGAACGCUUUGGGGUGUUAGGGGGCUCCAAAGUCCUGGCCAAGAAGGAGCUGGCCUACGUCCCGAUCAUUGGCUGGAUGUGGUACUUCACAGAGAUGGUCUUCUGCACACGCAAGUGGGAACAAGACCGCAAGACCGUCUCAAAGAGCUUACUGCGCCUCCGGGAUUACCCCGAGAAGUAUUUUUUCCUGAUUCACUGUGAGGGCACUCGGUUCACGGAGAAGAAGCACCAGAUCAGCAUGCAGGUGGCCCAAGCCAAGGGGCUGCCCAGCCUCAAGUACCACCUGCUGCCACGCACCAAAGGCUUCGCCAUCACCGUGAGGAGUUUGAGAAAUGUAGUUUCAGCUGUAUAUGACUGUACACUCAAUUUCAGAAAUAAUGAAAAUCCAACACUGUUGGGGGUCCUAAAUGGGAAGAAAUAUCAUGCCGAUUUAUAUGUCAGGCGGAUUCCUCUAGAGGAGGUCCCCGAAGAGGAGGACGAGUGUUCAGCCUGGCUCCACAAACUCUACCAGGAGAAGGAUGCCUUCCAGGAGGAGUACUACAGGACGGGCACCUUCCCAGAGACAGCCAUGGUGCCCCCCCGGCGGCCCUGGACGCUCAUCAACUGGUUGUUCUGGGCCUCCCUACUGCUCUACCCUUUCUUCCGGUUCCUCAUCAACAUGAUCAGCAGCGGGUCUUCCCUAACUCUGGCCAGCUUCGCCCUCGUCUUCUUUGUGGCUUCUAUGGGAGUUCGAUGGAUGAUUGGUGUGACAGAAAUCGACAAGGGCUCUGCCUACGGCAACAUCGACAGCAAGCAGAAACGGAGCAACUGACCCCAGACACAUGAGCGCCCGGAGGGGCCCUUGGGGACUGGUGGACGCUGCCAGCCAUCCUUAGUGGGACCCGGGGACGAAGCGGGGUGAGCCCCUGCUGGGAAGGCAGUUUGGUCUCCAUGCCAGAUGGGGAGGAAGAUGUUCUUAAAUCUUUUAUCCCCCCAUAAUGCUUAAGUGGGUUUUGAUUUUCUUUUUGAGUGUGAGUGUGUGUGUGUGCGUGUAAGGGAAAGGAUACAUAUAAGUCAGAAUGAUGUGCGGUUGAGUGUGAGCCUUAUUUUGUCAUCAUUCAGAGGGGAUCUGAGGCACAGGGGGAGGGCAGGGAUGGGGAACAGAGGGUUCCCCUUCAUUCUUUGGUGCUGAGUUUUCUGUACUGGAUUGCGAAAGAGUGAAAGGCGCUUUAGGUAAGAUGACUAAAUUAUGCCUCCAAAAAAACAAA